AUGCGAGUUCUCGUCCUCGCGGCGAUCGCAGCCGUCUGUCUCCCGUGGGGUAUCCUCGUUGCCCGCUCAUACCUCGCUGUCUCCCGUCUUCACUCCCUCUCCUCACACAAGCGGGCCGAGCCGACAGACCGCGUUUUGAACACAUUCGCUGAUUGGCGCUUGAUUUCAUUGCAUAUCCUAGCUGCGUUGCCAAUUCUGCCUACGGAUUGGCUGUUCUUCCGCAAUUCCAGCGCCAUACAUCCUCUCCACCUUCGUCGCCACGUCAGCGAUGACUUUUUCGCGCCUCGUGUACCUCCCUUACCAUGGUCAGUCAUUCCAGCUGAUAAAUCACCUGGAAAAUUCAGCGGCCAAUCAGAUGCCGCCAGCUCAGAGGCACAGGAGCGACGCGUGAAUGCAAGCGCGCCGAGCGGGCUGUGCAUAGCAAUCACAUCCGCGCCACGAUUGGACCCACAAAACUUGGAGCCCACGUGGCAGCGAGUCGUGCGGCUGCUGCAGGCAUUAGACUCGAGGCGCGUGGGCGCUUGGAAAGGCAAAGGUGAGGGGAGAAGUAACGCUGGUGGCAAUGCUAAUGAGGGGAUGGAGCAGGGAACAGAGAGAGUGGAAGGGGAAGAGGAGGGGGAAGGGGACGGAGAGGGUGAUGUGACUGCUGAUGAUGUGCCUAAAACGGGGGAGGAGGUGGAGAAGGCGAUUAGAGAGCUUAAAAAGCGGAAAGGGCUUGUGCUGGGUCAGGACAUGCGGAUCGUGCUGUACAGCUCAGCAUGCCACGUGGUUGACCCUGUGGACUUGCUGACUCAGCAGGGUGUCGUUUUUGGUGAGGAGCGCUGGAGGGAAACGAAGCCACCGCAGCAAGGAAAGAGGCGGGAAGUGAGGAAUGGUAGAGGAGGUGCAGUGGACAGGAAGAGUGGAAUAAGGAACGGUCAAGAGGCGCCAGCGAGAGGCAGGGGAGGAAGAGGGAGAGAGAUGAGCAGGCGGGAGAUGAUGGAUGAGGCAGUGAGGAGGUACGCUGCUGGCGCUGGUGUGAGUGAAACGUAUGUCCGACCCCUCAUUCAGGUGCUUGCUCAGGCCGCCUUUGACAGCAGCACCACCGUUGACAACCACACCCAAGCCAUCCGCAAUGUGGCAGCCAAUCUGUCCAUCCACGUGGAUAUCCUGCCAGCUCAUGCUGACGUGUGUACCUUUUUUGGGGAUGCCGGUAGGCUGCUGGCUGCUGUUCCGAAGCGGAUCAUCGAGAGGAAAGGGUGGGCUAGAUGGACAUGGGAGGCAAAGAUAGCUGUGGAUGCUAUUCACGCUAUGCAUCAGUGCCUGCUCACAAACCCAAAGUUUGUCCUCAUCUUUGAAGACGAUGUGAUGCCGGUGUGGCUGUGGGACGCUGGCAUUGAGCGGUUUCUCACGGUUGAUCUUCGUGAGAAGCCUCCUUGGGAUUUGGUGGCACUCUACUACCCGACGACAUAUCAUUGGGGUGCGAAGCACGGAGAUGCCUACGAUUUCCCCUGCUGCACUCAAGCAGACCUUUUCAGGGCUGAUGCUGCCAAGAAAGUGCGUCGCGUGGUUUCAUUCCUCGCGAUAUUUCUUCUCGCCGCGUCCCUCGCGCCGGGUCAUGCGGCGGAUUCCGAUGACUCCGCCACGGCCGCGCCUCCGCGGUUCGCGCGCGCGCGGCUGAGGCGGACGGGGGAGCUCACGCUCGAACGCAUCGCGGCGCAGCGCGAGUGGCUAUCGUCCGCUGCGUUCAAGCAGCGCCUUCUCUCCGCCAACGGUCUCCGCGCGGACGGCGCAGAAGUCGGCGCAAGCGGCGCCGAGCGCGGGCCGGACGUGGUGCCGCUGAACAAUUUCAUGGACGCACAGUACUAUAUGGAGAUCGGGAUUGGAUCGCCGCCGCAGACGUUUAAAGUCGUGCCCGACACCGGCAGCAGCAACCUCUGGGUGCCCUCGCGCCGCUGCUACCUCUCCCUGGCGUGUUUGAACCACGCCAAGUACGAUUCGCGCAAGUCGCGCUCGUACGAGGCGGACGGCACGCCGUUCGCCAUCCAGUACGGCAGCGGCGCGAUGAAAGGCUUCCAAUCAAAAGACGAUGUGACCGUCGGCGACGUGACUAUAACGGGGCAGACCUUCGCGGAGGCCACCAGCGAGCCGGGGCUCGCGUUUUUCGCGGCGAAAUUCGACGGGAUCAUGGGGCUGGGCUUUAAGGAGAUCUCCGUGAACGGCAUCGUGCCGCCGUGGUACAACAUGCUGGCGCAAGAGUUGGUGCCCGAGCCCGUGUUCUCCUUCUGGUUCAAUAGGGAUCCCGAGGGGGCGGCGGGCGGAGAGGUGGUGUUUGGGGGAGUGGACGAGGCGCAUUACAAGGGCGCGCACUCGUGGGCGCCCGUUAGCAGACGCGGGUACUGGCAGUUCGACAUGGGAGAUGUGCUCAUCAACGGCUCCACCACCAGCAUCUGCAAGCGUGGCUGUGCUGCCAUCGCUGACACCGGCACCUCUCUCAUUGCAGGCCCUUCGGCGGUGAUAGCGGAGAUCAAUGCGGCCAUCGGAGCCAAGGGCGUGCUGAGCGAGGCGUGCAAGCAGCUGGUGCACGACUAUGCUGUUAUCAUCAUCGACCUGCUGGAGCAGAAGAUGGACCCAUCUCUCGUGUGUCAUGCCAUUGGCCUGUGUGACGACAUGGCUGCAACCAUGGCUCACACCACGCCCACGCCCAGCAUGACCCGCCGCCUGCUUGGGUGGGAGGAGGACCCAGUCAUCCAGAUGCCCGGCGACCACGCUGACGUGGCAAAUGCCGUCGGUGACAAGGCGAGCAGCAGCAGCAAUGGCGGGCGAGUGGGCGAUCCCAAGUGCUCGCUGUGUGAGGCGACGGUGAUCUGGGUGCAGAACCAGCUGGCGAGGAACAAGACACGGGCGGAGAUCAUCAGCCACCUCAACAAGAUGUGUGAGCACAUUCCAAGCCCAGGCGGGCAGGCGCAGGUGGAUUGCAGCAAGGUGCACAAGAUGCCAGCUGUGGCCUUCACCAUCGGGGACAAGCAGUUUGCGCUACAGCCGGAGCAGUACGUGCUACAGGCGGGGCAGGGCGGCCAGCAGCUCUGCAUCAGUGGCUUCCUGCCCCUCGACGUGCCUGAGCCUCUCGGUCCCAUCUGUCAGCGUAGGGGCAGUGGUGCUGCCCUGCUGAGUCAGCAUGGGAGUGGUGGUGUGCUGGUCUGGGGCAGCAGCAAUGCGUUGCUGAGUCAGCAUGAUGGAGCAGCAUGUGUGCGUUCCUCCUAG